AACAUCCAGUAAGAGUUUAAAGUUACACGUUUACACACAAACAAAAUGUCAGAAUGUGUAUUUACGUUUAUAAUGUGAUUAAUAAUCUCACACGUGAGGAGGGAAAGAUAAAAAUGUGUUUAUAGUGAAAAUCAAUCAACUAAAGGCACCUAGAGUGGCAAUGCGCUUUAAAGAACUACUUUUCCCAGAAGCCUCCUCACUCUGCGCAUGCGUAGUUGCAUCAUAACGACGUGAACCGCUGUGUUUUCAGUAGCAACCGUGUCUGGAAUUAAUAAAGUCGUUUUUAAAGACUGAGACAUGUCCACUCUACUGGAUGAGACAGCAGCAGAUGUUCCAGUCAGAGACUUCACCGUGAACCUCACAGCAGACUCAUCCACGUUCCAAAAUGCUCGAGCGAGACAGGACGUCUCUCGUGUGUCCAGAAAGGAGCUGGAGGACCGAUUCCUGAGGCUCAACGAGGAGACACUGGUCCUCAAACAGCAUGUUAACAAGCAGGAGGACAAGAUCAGGAAACUGGGCACUAAGCUGAUGAGGCUGGUGAAGGACCGUGGUCGUAUGGAGCAGCUGGCGGUGGGAGGAGGAGUCUCCAGGCUUCGUGACGUGGAGAUGGAGGAGAUGAUGGAGGAGCUCCAGGAGAAAGUCCGUGGCCUGCAGGCGGAGAACGAGGGGCUGAAGCGGCGCCUCCUUUUGGCCAAGCAGCAGCUCCUCACCUCCCAGAGCAGGAGGUCGUCUCCAUACGACCGCGUCCCGUCACGGGUCAACUCUGGGUUAAAGAAGCUGAGAGACAACUCCUCCUCUCCUCCUCAAGGGAGGCUCAAAGGUACUCGUAGUUCAGAGGGAGGAGCCAGACCCCCGACGGGCCUCCUGCCUCGGUUUGGACACAGUCUGCUGGAGGAGGCCAGGGCCGAGGUCCGAAACCUAGAGAACGUGAUGGAGCUCCAGAGGAGCCACAUGGAGGAGAUGGAGGGAGCGUCGGAGCUGCUGAGGGAGGAGCUGAGGAGGAAGGAGGCAGAGUUUGAGGAGAGACUCCUGCAGGUCCGAGAGCAGCAGAGCUCCAGACUGAGGUCUCACGUUAACGGUAACGUGUCGAUGAUCAAACUACAGAAGCAGCUGUCUGAGCGGUCUGACAUGGUCUCAGAGCUGGAGGGACGGUUUUUACAACUACAGGAGAGCCAGAGGUUGCUGAAGGCCGCUCACGACGCAGCAAUGCUGAAGGUGGCCGAGCUGUCGGCUCGGCUGAAGGACGAGAGGACGAAGAGUUUGGACCUGGAGACGAGACUGCAGAGCUCCACCGUGUCCACGAGGAAGACAGAGCAGCUGCAGGAGAGGAUCAGUGAGCUGGAGCAGGAGAGAGACCUGCUGAGGGACAACAACGAGAAGCUGGUACACAGUGCCUUCGACGUGUCCCUUAAGCGGCGUUAUCAGAUCCAGGAUCAGCAGCUGAAGCUUCAGAUCUCUCAGCUGGAGGCGGCUCUGAAGGCCGACCUGGUCGACAAGAACGAGAUCCUGGAUAAGAUCAAAGCUGAGAGAGACACAAACGAGAAGCUGACAGAAGAAAAUAAGAAACUUCGACUCCAGUUUGUGGAACAGAAGCAGCAGCUGGAGGAACUAAAUGGUCGUCUGACGUUCUACAGCAGGGAGACGGAGUACGACGUGGCUGAACUCACCGAGGCUCUGCUGCUCAUCAAGAGGCGUAAGUCCCAGAGGAGUGGAGACCUGAUCUUCCUGAAGGAGGUGGAGGAUGAUGGAGUCAGACAGCUGCGAGCCGCUCACGCUGAGACCAUCCAGGAGCUGGAGAAGACCAGGAACCUCCUCAGCAUGGAGGGCCGGAUCAGCAGGGACUACAAGGUGAGGCUCAGCAGGACCAUCACACUUCGUUUAUAUUAUCCACCAUCACCUGUUCUCUUUGGAAGUAGACCUGGGACCCCGCAGUGUAUUUAGGACCUAUUGUUAUUAUUUUAUUCUGAAGUUCUACACGGUUCUCCUGAUACACCGUUCAUUCACUACGUUUACAAGCACCACAUAUUCCUUAUGAUCUGUUUACACGGCUGCUGAAUAUUAGUAUUCACUAAUAUUCCUGUUUACAUGCAGACCUUCAAAUUCAUGUCUCUUCAUCUUCAUCAUCAUCAGUGAAUCCAACAUGGACGUCGUUCUGUUCUGUGUCGGGUCGAUGUCUUCACACGUCCAUCAUCACAUCUAAAUAUGGAAAAGUGGAACCUCAGCAACAUUUAGCUUCUUAGCA